AUGUGGUUAGAGAGACAAAAGGGGAAGGAAAUGUUCAUUUUAGUUACUUAUGCUGCUCAGUACAGAAGAGAACGACAGUAACGUUUGUCACACAGAAUUUGGCGUUUUAUUUUAGUGAAACUCUUGUCAAAGUUCAUCAUGUGGGACGUUCUGCUGCUCUUUUCCAGCAUCUGUACAGCUGUUGUUGUAGGAGCUGCAGAUACAGUUACAGGACACAGAGGAGAGAGAGUUGAGAUCAGAUGCUCAUAUGAAUCUGGAUAUGAAUCAAAUUCAAAGUAUUUUUGUAAAGGCGAGUGCUUCAUUGGAUUUAAAAACAUCAUGGUUGAAUCAGGAUCUGCAGCUAAAGACGAGAGAUUCUCUCUGACUGACGACACGACGAACAGAGUUUUCACCGUCACCAUCACUGAUCUGAGAACAGAGGAUGAAAGCAAAUACUGGUGUGCUGUGGAGAGGACUUUGUCUUUAACUGAUGUAUAUUCAGAGAUUUUGUUGCAGGUUAAACAGGGAGAAAAGGCCACUGAAGUUUCAACGAUCAGCUCAUUUUCAGUCAGGAGUGAAUCAGAAAUGAAUCCGUCCAGCAGAAUCACAGACCAUCAGAUCUCCUCAACAGGUGAACGUCUCUCCACAUCUCACCGUCCGUCAGAACAGGAAGUGAAAGAUCUGACUGAUGGUUUAGUUGUGAUUAUCGGCACUGCAGAGGCUUUGGUUUUACUCCUGAUAGCAGUUCCACUGAUUAUAGUGGCUGUACGAAAGAAAAAGAAGAAUAAAGGUCUGCUGUCGUCCGUGGAAGAGUUUAAUCCAGAGUUUUAUGAACAGAUCAGCGACGCUGGACGUCACUGUAAUCCAGCGGACAGAGACACAAUAACAACUGUAUUUUACAGCCGUGGUUCAUAAACUAUAAUAUAGUUAUAGUCUGUUUAUUAGUUCAGUCCUCCCUCGGUCUCUCUCUGUUUGUUUCUCUGGUUUAUAAUUUAUAUUAAUGACCUUUCAAAAGUAGCUGCAUAUUCUGAUAAAUCAUUGCAAACCACUUAUAAAUAUCACAUACUUUUUUUUGUCUUUUAAAACAAUGCUAAUGCGUAGCUUUAUCAACAUAAUACUCAAGAAGAGUCGAUCUAUCAGCAUUGAUCAAACGACUGACUGAUCACAGAAGCCCCAUCAACAAACGAUCAAUAAACUGCUUCAUGUAUCGAAUGGUCCUAAAUAAUCGUGUAGGUCUAAAAUAUGUAAAAGAGUGUAAAUAUGAUCUCUUUAUCUUUGUCUUAAACUCAAGUAAACAUGCUGUAAAAAGUGAUUGGUGAGUGGCUAAUCAGGAAAAUGAUGUCAUGACAGCACUAAUUAGCUGAUGACAUCACAUGAAAACGAGAACAGACAGGACGAAUGUAAGGCCAUUUGAUACUUUAAGAGCCUUUACAGUAAUAUCAUAAAAUAUUUACAAUUUAAAUAUCGCAAACGGGGAAGAAAAAAUGGUUUGAAUGGCCGUCAGUGGAGAAAGAUGCUUUUGAAGCCAUAUGGUGUAGUUACGAUAUCUACCAGCAGGGGUUAAUGGGUUCUUGAUAAACUUUAACAACUUGGCAAGAACAGUGAGAAGUUCACUGGGCAGCCAUCUUGACAAAUUUGAUAAAUUAGCUUCUUUUUUCUUCAGCCUCAGUAAUGCAAUGAAUAUACAGUAUGGAAUUGUAAUAUACUGUAUAUGGUUUGGUUCAGUCAAUGUUUUAUUUUCAUAUGUUGUCCAUCAGAGGUCAGUGUGGAGAGUUGCUGAAACUCACUGUAGUCUUUAAUUGCACUGAAAAAAAGCUAGUUUCAUUUGGCAUUAAAAAGCACAUUAAAGUUUUACUUAAUACAUUUUUUUUUUUUUUUCAGGCUGAAAGGAAUAGGUUUAAUGAAAGAUGCAUUUUCCAUUCUAUCAUUUGUGGUAGGCCUAUAAAAAACUCUGUUGUCAUGAAAAGGAGCGCAUGAAGCGUUUUGGUACAAAAUGACGAAAGAGAUUUUCUAAAAAUAUUAAUGGUCCAAAGUUAUUUUGAUUUGCUUUCCAUUAUGACACAAUACACAAAAAAAAAAAAUAUAUAUAUAUACGCACUUACAGGCCUUUGACCUUCAUCGUAAGAGACGAGCAUUAAACGGAAAAUCAGCAUUUAUAUCAGUGGCGAGCGGUGACAUUUUUUACUGGGAAUGCUGAGUGCUCAUUCGCUCCCCUUUUUCCCCAGUUUCUUCUCCAUAUGCAAAUCAAUGGUGUAUAAAGUUUAAAAAAAAAAAAAAAAAAGAUCUUUAUACCGUUCCUUUUUGUCAGCAUGUCUGUUCCUCUUUGAAGUGUCAAGAUGUUCCUCAACAAACGCAAAGAUGCGAUCAGACUUCCCUCAUUGUCUUUGCAAGUACUCAGCUGUUUUCUUCAUUUCCCUUACACAAAAACUAACAUCAGAGCCCUUUGAUUGGAGUAUGUGGAAAAGCACGUCUGUAUGAGAGAAAACAUCAGAAAAAAAGCUCCAAUAGAAAAAUAAAUUUGGGGUUUUGAAAAUCAUGCAAAAAUCCCCCAGUCGACAGAAUGGAUGUUUCGUCCCAAUCUAAUGGGUUGUUCACUAUGUAGAACUUUUGCCUGCACGCCAUUUAGUUCACCCGACAUGACAGACGCACCAUCAUAUGUUUGGCCAACAAGCUUGGAGCCGCUUUCAUACUGCUAUGGCAGAAAAAAACAUGUUCUGCUAAGGCAGCGGUUGAUCAGACAGCACUCAUGACAAACAUAACCAACUCCACCUGAUCAUCUUUUCUCUUUGCUUGUCUAGGUGGUAUAACUCAGUUACAGCAGUCAAACAAAAUCUAAUAAUAAAAAGUCAAGGGUCAAGAGCCCAACUAAAGCAAACACUGAUCUCCAUGAUGGUGAAUUGAAAAUUGUGAUUUUCUCCUUUGGUCAUUCUGCUUGUUAUCAUCAGUAUCUUCAAUAAUGGUCAAUCAUCACUCAAUCAAUCACUUAAUUAUUUCAUUAACUUUAACACUGUUUCAGUGUUCAUUUAACACUCUUAUUUUAACACUCUUGAGUGUGGUCUCACAUGUACUGCCAGGAGAGUUCAUUUAACCCUGGAGUUAUUGCUGUGCAUGUUUUGAAAGUGGAGUAUAAGAAAAAGCAGGGGAUGUAUGCUUAUGAUUAUUAUGAUUAUUCUUUAAUUAUUAUUUUAUGGUUAUUUACAUGAUUAAUCCUUUCAAACAUAUUAUUCUUGUAUAAAUCCAUUUAUGAAUGA